AUGAUGAUUUCUCUUGGUUUCUUGGGUGCAGCAAGUGUGCGAGUAUCGAAUGAGCUUGGAAGAGGAAGUUCAAAGGCUGCAAAGUUCUCGGUUAUUUAUAUAGUUGCGUCUUCUUUCACGAUUGGACUCGUGUUAUUUACAGUUUUCUUGUUCUUACGCGGACGACUGGCUUAUAUAUUUACUGAUAGUGAAGAAGUGGUGGCUGCGGUUGCUGAUUUAUCGCCUUUAUUGGCUUGCUCUAUAUUGCUUAACAGUGUUCAACCAGUUCUCUCGGGUGUGGCGGUUGGGGCUGGUUGGCAAAGUAUUGUUGCUUAUGUUAACAUUGUUUGCUAUUAUUUCGUGGGGAUUCCGAUCGGUGUCGUACUCGGCUAUGUUUACGAUAUGCAAGUAAAAGGUGUUUGGCUUGGUAUGUUGUUUGGUACAUUUGUUCAAACAAUUGUUCUUCUUAUUAUUACGUCAAGAACUGAUUGGGAUAAACAGGUGUUGAUAGCUCAGAAGCGCGUUAACAAAUGGUUUCUUGUGGAGUCGUCGCAAGAGAACGGGCAAGAUGCUUAA